GAUAGAAUCAAGUGCACGCAGGAAACGUUUAUACUGAAGCGAUCAUAAGAUUUUUGAUCGAGACGGUGCGUUCUCUUCGACACGCAUUUUAUGACACAACCACAAAGAAGAAGAGCUCAACGAUGUUCCAGAAAUAAGAGAAGAUGGGUAGAUUAUAUUUGAGGAGAGACGAGCUAGCUCUAAUAAUCCUAUACUUGAACAAAGCUGAGGCUAGAGACAAGAUAUGCAGAGCGAUUCAGUUCGGUUCCAAAUUCUUGAGCGGUGGGCAUCCUGGUACUGCUCAAACUGUAGACAAAAACACCAGUUUGGCUAGAAAAGUGUUCCGCCUUUUCAAGUUUCUCAAUGAUUUUCACCUUCUUAUUGGCCCUGUUCCUAAAGGGACUCCACUUCCUCUUGUCUUACUCGGAAAGUCCAAGAAUGCACUCUUGUGCACCUACUACUUUCUUGAUCAAUUCGUCUGGCUUGGUAGAUCCGGCAUAUAUAAGAACAAAUUACUAACUGAUUUGAUUCGAAGUUUCGCAAUUUUCUGCUGGCUUGGAUCAUCUCUUUGUAAUAUAGCAAUCCAGAUUGGUGAGCUUAUAAUGCACUCUUCAUCUAUGAAGAAGAUGGAAAAGGAACUCAAAGAUGAUGAAGAGCAGGAUAAGGAGAUGGAUCGUGCUGCUAAGCUUCAGAAAUCAAAAGACAGAAUUCUAGCUUUGAUUAAAUCAAGCAUGGACACUGUUGUAGCCAUUGGUCUGCUUCAUUUGGUUCCAUUUAUAGUUACUACUCGUGUCACUGGCGCUUUCGGGUUUGUCACCUCGCUUAUCUCUUGUUAUCAGUUGCUUCCGGGACGCCCCAAGUUAAAGACACCUUGAAGCAAGAAGAAGCUGGGCCUUCAUAAUAAUUGUGUUUCAUAUUCAUUAGUGAACCUGUUGUGUUCAAGUAGUCUCAUGAGUCUAUGUUGCUCCUAUGCAGUAAUAAUGAUAACUCUUAUAUGAUACUUAAUACUCUGAACAAGACUCUGUUUCUACAUAGCUAAAAGGAUUCUUCUAUGUUCAAGUUCAAUAACUUUAAUCUCUUACAACCACUGUAACUACAGACAAAACCAGAGACAACCCAACCAUGUGUACAAGUUCCAGAUCAAUAUGAAAAAAAAAAAGAUUAUUC